AGGAAAUUCUACCCAACAAAACUGGCCUUCAGAGGUGCUUUAUGGCAGGAAAACUGUCCCUUAGGGGAAGCACCAGGUGUUGUGUGGGGAGGACGCAAUUGUGUACUGACAUCUUCAGGAGAAGAAAAGCCAGUGAUACCAUCUUAGAACCGUAACUAGAAACGUGCAUGCUUAAGGUAAGCCCCUCCGGAGAGCUGAGAACCCACUCAAGGUAUCCAGACCACCCCUGGAAGGACGUGGGUAGGGGGUAGCUCGAGGAAUGCUUCCAGGAGAGUUCCUUGGUAAACUUGAUCCACUCGGGAAACGCGUUUCAGGAAGCAGGGCCAGUACCGCGGACAGCACCAGGACCCCCGCCCGGGUCGGGGGAGGCAGCAGCACCACGGACAGCACCACCGUGAGCGAGCACCGCGCGCGCUCUGGGCGGAGGGGCGGGGAUAGGGGACCUUAUCAGCUGAUGCCUUACGUAGGCUGGAUCCCCACUUUGAGAAGGCAGGUCUGGAUCGGCGCGCCAGCGUUCCGCCCCAAAGCCGCGGCCCCAGACGGCGUGGCGCUGGGGCUGGGGGGAUAGCAGGAGGCAGAUCCCAGAAAAAAGGCCCCUGCCUGGCUUCCCUGGCACGGGGUUGAGGCUGCAGCCUGCUGCCUGGAGAGAGGGGCGAGUAGGGAGGCAACGCGCAGCGAAAGUACUGCUCUGACGCACCAGCACCCCCUCCCGCACCCACAGGCUCCGGGGGCGCCCAGCUGCCCCCCGACUUGGGAGAUGCUCAGCUCUGGGUGACCAGACUGCUGUCUGUGCGGGGGGGAAGAGCCUGGGCAUGUGACAGCUUAGGAGGGCCCUGGCUGCGCUGCGAGACACAGCCCAGCACCCGCCUCUCAGCCACACCGUCUCCCGCGUAUGCUCACUGGCAGGAGGUUUCGUAAACAAUCCCCAGAAACCCCGCCACCAGCCAGAGGUCGCAAACACCCCGAGUGGCUCCGGGCGCAGGGGCCACGACUGUGUUCCCUAACGCCCCUUCUGCACGCACCCCGGGCCAGUCUCCCGACCCAGCGAUGGAUUCACCUGUGAAUCUAACCUACUUUUUUCUCUCCACCCCCGCCCCUUCGGAGACCAACCGCAGCAGUCUUGACGCCGAAGACCCGCGCCCCAGCCCGCCCCUCCACUCUGUCUUCGGGGUGCUUGUUCUGACCUUGCUGGGCUUUCUGGUGGCUGCGACGUUCUCCUGGAACCUCCUGGUACUGGCGACCAUCCUCCGUGUGCGCACCUUCCACCGGGUUCCGCACAACUUAGUGGCAUCCAUGGCCAUCUCGGACGUGCUCGUGGCGGCUCUGGUCAUGCCGCUGAGCCUGGUGCAUGAGUUGUCCGGCCGGCGCUGGCAGCUGGGUCGGCGGCUGUGCCAGCUGUGGAUCGCGUGCGACGUGCUCUGCUGCACCGCCAGCAUCUGGAAUGUGACGGCCAUCGCGCUGGACCGCUAUUGGUCCAUCGCGCGGCACCUGGAAUACACACCCCGCGCCCGCAAGCGCAUCUCCAAUGUUAUGAUCGUGCUCACCUGGGCGCUCUCCGCCGUAAUCUCCCUGGCGCCGCUGCUCUUCGGCUGGGGGGAGACAUACUCCGAGCGCAGCGAGGAGUGCCAGGUGAGCCGCGAGCCCUCCUACACCGUGUUCUCCACCGUGGGCGCCUUCUACCUGCCGCUCUGCGUGGUGCUCUUCGUGUACUGGAAGGUCUACAAGGCCGCCAGGCUCCGCGUGGGCUCCAGGAAGACCAACAGCGUCUCACCCUGGCCGGAGGCUGUGGAGGCGAAGACCUCUGUGCAGCAGCCCCAGAUGGUGUUCACCGUCCGCCACACCACCGUCACCUUCCAGACAGAAGGGGACACAUGGAGGGAACAGAAGGAGCAGAAAGCUGCCCUGAUGGUGGGCAUCCUCAUCGGGGUGUUUGCCCUCUGCUGGCUGCCCUUCUUCACCACGGAGCUCAUCGGCCCUCUCUGCUCCUACGACAUCCCCGCCGUCUGGAAGAGCAUCUUCCUUUGGCUUGGCUACUCCAACUCCUUCUUCAACCCGCUCAUCUACACAGCGUUCAACAAGAACUAUAACAGCGCCUUCAAGAACUUCUUUUCUAGGCAACACUGAGCGUGAGGCCUGGGGAGGAAGGGGACAAGAUCCUCGAACUCAGUGAAAUUUCCAGCUCCAUCUGCUUCCCCGUCCCUACCCAUGGAUCCCUUCCACAUGGAAGAGGCACAUCCUCCAGGCUCUCCUGGGUCAUCUUCAGAACUAGCCCUCACUUCCCCACUCCUAGGUAGGAAUGUGGGUCUUCACAGGCAGUUUGGGUGCCCUUUUUUUUUUCUUUUACAA